AUGGGUGAACACAGGAGACUGGAAGGCAUAGUCAAGCAGCUUGAGUUUGAACAAGGGGUUCUCCUUCAAGACACCAUAAAGCUAUCAAAAGAAAGGGAGGAACUUUUAGUUCACAUGGAAGGAUUCUGUGAUCAUAUUGGUGAGUUCACUUGUGGUGAUGUGAAGAUGAUGAAUUUUUUAGAAACAAUGUUGCAAAGGUCUAAGGUAGACGUGGGACCAGCAAUGAAUUUGACAGUGGAUGAUGAGCUCUAUGAUUUUAGCGAAGAGAAUCCAAACGCUUCUUUCUCUGCCUCAGCAACUAAACUUGACACUAGUGCUGGAAGAUCACCACUGAAAGAGGUGAAUCAGCGGCAGUUGUAG